AUGCCUCACAAACUUCCAUCGCCCGCAGCCGCCAAUACAAGCGACCAUGCCAUUGACAAAUCAAAUGGAUCACUGCGAGAACUGAGCCUUCAAAUUCACGACCAUCCGGAACUAAGGUGGGAUGUCAAAUACGCCCAUGACAUGUUGACCCGGUUUGUCGAGGAGCGAGGGUUUCAAGUUACUCGUCAGUACCUGGCUGACCAGCUCCCAGGCAACACCGCCUGGAAGGCGGAGUUCGUGAUACCCGAUGAAUCAGGCAAACCUCUUCCUGUAAUCGGGCUCAACUCGGAGAUGGAUGCACUUCCCGGUAUUGGGCAUGCUUGUGGACACAACCUAAUUGCUAUAGUAGGCGUGACGACCGCUCUUGGGCUCAAGGCUGCAAUGGAAGAGCAUAAAAUUCCCGGGAAGAUAGUGCUCUUGGGUACACCCGCCGAAGAAGGGGAGAAGGCAAGGGCACAUCCGAUUACGGGCGGGGAUCGUCUGGUACAGACGACUACAACGCUGGCGCUUCAGACGUUUGAAGUGGAAUAUCAUGGGCAAGGUGCUCAUGUAGGAGCUGCUCCGUGGGAAGGAAGGAAUGCUUUGGAUGCUGCGUUUGUUGCUUAUACAGCGCUUAGUGCAUUGCGCCAACAAAUCCAUCCUACUGCUCGAGUUCACGGGAUUAUUGAAGGACGUGACUGGGCAUCAAACGUCAUCCCCAACUAUGCAAAAAUGCGUUACACUGUUCGAGCUCCAACUUGGAAUGCUUUGAGCAAGGCUGCUGCGCAUGCAACCUCCUGUACAAUGACCGUUACCGAGAAAGAAGGCAUGAAAGAUGUUCGAGUCAACGAGAUUUUAGCACACGAACUGGGUGCAAUCAUGACAGACAGAUAUGACCAUCCAUUCAGUUCUGAGGGCUCGAUUGGUGGAUCAACGGACUUUGGUAGUGUUACGUACGAAUUACCAGCUUUACAUCCAAUGUUUGCACUUUCUACUGUACCGAAUGGAGGUAACCAUACUCCAGAGUUUACAGCCGCUGCUCGUACGCAAGAAGCGCAUGAACGUGCUAUUAUUGUCUCGAAGGGCUUGGCGACACUGGGACUUCGUGCCCUCCUGGAUGAGGAAUUUCUAUCGACAUGA